AUGAAAAGAAAGAACACAGCGCUUUACAAAUCACCAUUCCUCCUCACUGAGAUUAGGAGGAAGAAAACUUCUUCAAAACCUGAUUUUUAUCUACCAGAGGACUGCUGGGAGCAUGUGUUCACAUUCGUCACCGACCACAACCGCGACUUUAACUCUUUAUCACUCGUCUCUAAAAUGUUCCUUUCCAUAACCCAUCGACUCUUAUUCUCUCUCAGAAUUCGCGAUCCACAGCUUUGCUUUCUCCGCCGUAUCUUCCAUAGAUUCUCCAAUCUUAAUUUCCUUGACCUCCAGUUCAACUUCCAUCAUGAUUUGGAUGCAGAUAUUGCUUUGACUCUCCGUGACAUACCAACAUUGAAAUCUUUAUCUAUUUCCAAUAUUGAUCUAAAGGAUGAAAAGUACUCUCCUUCGCUGCUCAUUGAUUCAUUACUCAGUUUGAAGCUUUUGAUUAGUCUUAAGUUUCGGGAUUCGAAAUUAUCAGAUGAUUUGCUAUACUCUAUUGCAAGGGAAACUCUUCCUUUGAAGAGCUUUGUCAUCAAAUAUUGUACCGGCUAUACUUACAAUGGAGUUUAUUAUUUGUUAUCCAAGUGUCAUUCGAUACAACAUCUGGGUCUUCAACAUGUUGAUUUUCUUGAUAAUCAUCAUAUUGCCGACUUGUCUUUGCAUCUUCCUCAUUUGGUUUCUAUAAACCUUAGUCUAUGUUACAAGCUCACAGAAUCAGCCUUCUUUGCCCUUCUUAGAAACUGUCAUUCACUUGAAGAGAUCAUAAUGGAAGACAUAAAUUUUGAGAAUUUUGAUUCUUUCAAGAAUUUUCAUGUGAACUCUCAAUUGAAGUCUCUGUGUUUGGCUGGCAAUUCCUUCAUAAAUGAUGAAAGCAUCAUAAUGUUAGUCUCUAUUUUCCCCAAUUUGCAACGGCUUGAUUUGACUGAUUGCAAUGAUAUAUCUGAAAAAGGUAUUUGUCACGUUUUAAGUAGAUGUUGUAAGAUUAGACAUUUGAAUUUGAGCUACUGUCGUGAAAUAAGGCUACGUGAAAUGAACUUUGUAGUUCCUCAGUUGGAGGUGUUGAACUUGUCAUUUACAAGAGUUGAUGAUAAAACACUCUAUGAGGUCUCAAAGAGUUGUUAUGGACUUUUGCAACUAAAAUUGGCAUAUUGUCAUUAUAUCACAGAAAAGGGAAUGAUUCAUGUGGUUGAAAACUGCACACAACUUAAGGAGAUCGAUUUGAGAGAUUGUAAUCAAGUGGAGGUUGAUGUCGUUGUCUCGGAGGUUUUAUCAAGGUCAUCUUUAAAACAAAGGAAACUCUUCUCGCGUGAUGAGGGUAUUUUUUUCUCGUAA